GCGUCCGCAGGCAAGGGAGAAGGAGUCGAACCCAUCAGGGGUACCACUCAGAAUGGGGCAGACCAAUGCAACCUCCUGGAAGGGCUUUGUCUUCACGGGCUUCUCUCGCUUUGGGGAACUGCAACUCCUGCUCUUUGCAUUGUUCCUCUCCCUGUAUCUUGUCACCCUGACCAGCAAUGUCUUCAUUAUUGUACUCAUCAGGUUGGACAGCCAUCUGCACACCCCCAUGUAUCUCUUCCUUUCUUUCUUAUCUUUCUCUGAGACCUGCUAUACCUUGGGCAUCAUCCCUAGGAUGCUCUCCAGCCUGGUUAGGGGUGGGCAGGACAUCUCCUUCGUGGGCUGUGCUGUUCAAAUGUUCUUCUCUGCUUCGUGGGCCUGUACCAACUGCUUCCUCCUGGCUGUUAUGGGCUUUGACAGGUAUGUGGCCAUCUGCACCCCACUGCGCUAUGCCAGCCGCAUGGUUCCUACCCUCUGUGCCCAGCUGGUUGGCACUUCCUUUCUGAGUGGGUACCUCUUUGGGCUGGGAAUGACCCUGGUCAUUUUCCACCUCCCAUUCUGCAGCUCCCAUGAGAUCCAGCACUUUUUUUGUGACACGCCACCAGUGCUGAGCCUGGCCUGUGGAGAUACAGGCCUGAGUGAGCUGGGGGUCCUCAUCCUCAGCCUGCUGGUCCUCGUGGUCUCCUUCUCCUUCAUCAUUGUCUCCUACACCUACAUCCUGGCAGCAAUUCUGAGGAUCCCCUCCACUGAGGGGCGGAAGAAGGCCUUCUCCACCUGCGCCUCACACCUCACAGUGGUCAUCGUUCACUAUGGCUGUGCCUCUUUCAUGUACUUGAGGCCCAAAGCCAGUUACUCUCUUGAGCGGGACCAGCUUAUUGCUGUCACCUACACUGUGGUGACACCUCUCCUUAAUCCCAUCAUUUAUAGCCUAAGAAAUCGGGCUGUGCAGACAGCCCUGAGAAAUGCUUUCCAGGGGCAACUGCUGGGUAAAGGGUGA